CUGCGGGGUUACGAGCAGGAGCGUGUGGGCCUGGCUGAGCUGCACCCCGAUGUCUUCGCCACGGCGCCCCGGCUGGAUGUCUUGCACCAGGUGGCCAUCUGGCAGAGGAACUUCAAGAGAAUUAGCUACGCCAAGACCAAGACGAGGGCAGAGGUACGGGGCGGCGGCCGGAAGCCCUGGCAGCAGAAGGGCAGCGGGCGGGCGAGGCACGUCUGGCGCGGCGGCGGCGUGGCGCACGGCCCGCGGGGCCCCACAAGCUACUACUACAUGCUGCCCAUGAAGGUGCGCGUGCUGGGCCUCAAGGUGGCACUGACGGUGAAGCUGGCACAGGACGACCUGCACGUGGUGGACUCCCUGGAGCUGCCCACCGCAGAUCCCCAGUACCUGACGCAGCUGGCCCGCUACCGCCGCUGGGGUGACUCCGUGCUGCUCGUGGACCUGACACAUGAGAUGCCCCAGAACGUCGUGGAGGCCACUGGCAGGCUCAAGACCUUCAACCUGAUCCCAGCUGUCGGCCUGAACGUGUACAGCAUGCUCAAGCACCACACGCUGGUCCUCACCCUGCCCACCAUCGCCUUCCUGGAAAAGAAGCUGCUCUGGCAGGACUCACGCUACUCGCCUCUCUACCCCUUCCACCUGCCCUACCGCGACUUCCCCUGAGCUGGGCGCUGCCUCCCUGCAGACCAGGCCCUCAGCCACCAGGGGGCAGCUGCGCACGCUUCAGCCCGGGAAGGGGUGAGAUGCGCUCACAGGAUGAGAUCCGGUCCCGGCUCUCCCCAGUUGUGUUUGAAAUAAA